CGCGAUACCGAAUGCCGGUGUUACAGUACGCUAUAGUCCUGCACAGCUCAAGUGCUUGAUUUUUCGAGCUUUCGCUACUAUGCUAUAGUUGGUGUUAGAUAAGCAGGUGGAGGCGGAUCAGCCCGGAGCGGACCAGCGUGGAGCGUCGCCCUCGUCGAGUCCAGGGGCUGGUAGGGUCUGUCAGAGUCCGGGCGCCAGAAUGAGCCAUGGCGCAGCUACCGUCGCCGCGCCUGCGCCACUACAGGACAAUGACGGCCAUCUGCUUCGUCUGCAACCUUCCCAUCCUGUCGCACCAAGUCGGGCUGGUAUGGCAAGGAGGAAACGGCUGGGACGACCUGGUUCGCGAGCAGGUCGAAGAGUCCACGAUCAGGCAGCGACUGGGCGGCCGGAGGGACUCCGCCACGCAGAUAUGCAGCAUCUCGCCGCCGACAGAAACCCAAGAAACCUCCCCGCCCACCUCCGGCACUACCCGCCGCCGCCGAAGCUCUCUGGCCCAACUCACCGACAUCUUGCGCGAAUGGGGCGGAUCGACGAAAAGUCGCCAGAAGCAGCUGUGCAGGAGGGAGACUUUGGCGGACUUGGCAAGGUCGCUUCCGUGGGGUCGCCAGUCGACCACCGAAGCUGGACCCACUCCGAGCAUCUCGACCAGCCGGAAAAGAAGAGAAUCUAGCGCUGACUCCGGUAUCAGAAGCAUGGGCUCGAAGUCCAGGCGGGACUCGCACCACACCGCCAUCUCAGAUUUUAGAUCGGAAGUCGCCAAGCUGUGGCAGCGGCGGGAGUCCAACACCCCGACGAUGAUAACGGCGAGCACGUCGCCGAGGAGGGGCAGCGGGGAGUCGAGCAAGAGCGGCAGACGGGACUCGGUAUCGCACUCGCACGGGGCCUCCAGAAGGGGUUCCGGGGAGAGCGGGAGAAGUGGUAGGCGUGAUUCCACCACCAUAAUUACCCCACCGCCACCUAAAAUCGUAGCCGCGCAAAAAAAACGUAGAGAUUCACGCACGGUUAACGAGACACCCUACUAUAGACAAGAACAAAGACCUUCCACUUCUUCCACGGCUUCAGAUUCUACACCCAUUGUAGCACAAAUCGCGCAGAUUGCCGCCUCUACUGCCACUACUGCCACUACUGCACCACCGUCGGUUACUUCCGAAACUAGCACCCAAGCUCUUCCUCCACCUACGAUUAUCACUUCCAGUGUUACUCCUCCGGCGACUUCGCCCACCGUGCAAGCUACAACACCAACGCACCCUUUAUUGGCGACCAGAAGAGACUCCACCACCCAAUGCGGCCGCUUAGGUAGGCGAGAUUCCAGGAGUCACGCUAGUCCGGAGAGAAGCAGCAAGCUGUCUAGACUCCAAAGACAGAACACUGCUUACGACGAGAGCUGCUUGCCGCCUGGUGGUUGGAGUCGUCGGGGAUCGCAGCCCACUGCUCUGAGUCCCGACGUUGACGACACCGGGCGAAAGGCCCGUCGUGAUUCUUUGAGCCCCGAUUCCGCUUCGCGCGGUCGACGCGACUCCCGUUCCCAUUUGAGCCCAGAUCGUUCUGGUGAACGAGAUAUUAGUCCUGUUAGACGCACCACGAGGAGGGGCCGCUUGCGAAGACAAUCCACAAGCGUGGCGAGAGGUCCGGGACAUCGGUCACCAGAUAGCUCCAGUUGUUCGAGUAGAGACCCUAGUCCCUCCAACAGACCCGUUCCUCCCCCUACCGAGAAUUACAGACCGACUAUCCGUCGGCAGUCCACCACCGAAGAAAUUCUUAUCGCUAGAGGUUUCCGGAGACAGUCGACGACGGAGGAGAUGAUUCGUUGCAGGAAUUUCAGAAGACAGAGCUCGCAGAGCGACGACUGUCAAAGAUACAGAGGUAGGAGAGACUCCAGCGCUCAGAUCCUCGACGGUACCAUCGCAUCCAUGACCGUCGAAACUUCUAGCACGUUUUUCGACUCCAGCACACAAACAGAACCUUCGCCGCUGUACGACAAUAAUCACUACCACGAGGAAUGUUUGCGAUGCAAUUCCUGCGGACUCAAUUUGACGGGUCCCAACCAGAAGCGAGCAAGACGCUUCAAAAACCAGAUACUCUGCGAUUUGCACUUCGCUGACGUUGCUCUCAUGGAGUGCUCGGACUUCAUGCAGCAACUUCGCGCUUUCAAGCCGCAGUCCUUAGGCUGCGCCGUGGCCCGAAGGAAGUCCUCUACUACCCUCAUUUUCCCCCUACCACCACAAGCAUGUUCAGAUGAAUUUUGCGAAGAAUUCCCCCACAACUUCAUUCCCACUCCAGGUUACUGGAUAGAGUGUUCAAGACAAAAAAUCACUUCGGAUACGAUAUGGGAUGAAAGUGAGUCCGACCAUGAAAUUCAAGAAGGUGACGAAGAGGAUCACACCGACGGCACCGAUCAAGAAAAUGGACACGCGUCAAGAAGACGAGAUCGCAGUUGCAAUGACCUCUACGAAGACGACGAAGAGGACGACUCCUCAUCCCCUCGUAAGAAAACCACCAUCGAAGAACAAUGGGAGAAGAAUCAAGGGUUCGAGCUUACCAGCGUGGAACAAGAAACCUACGAGAAAUAUUUCUACGGUACCGAACACUGGAACUACUUCACCAACGACGAAGAUUUAGGUCCUGUCAUCCUAUCGAUUAAACAAGAAACGUUAAAUUCCCGGGAUCAAUUUAGGAUAUUAGUAAGAGCCAUCAGUUACACGGUCCACGGACUGAUUCCUGCCAGUUGUGUCUUUGCCGAUCGUUAUAAUCGUGAAGAAGUCGUAAGAUCCUUAGGUAAAGAAGUUAACAUUAAUCCUCCCCUAACUUUGGGACAACUUCCCGAUACCCCAGAAGAACUAUUGAAGUUGGAUCAGGUUUUCAUAAAAUCGGAACUGAAAGUGGGCGUUAUUUACGUGAAAGAAGGACAAUACACCGAAGAAGAGAUACUAGACAAUAACGAUAAUUCGGUGCUGUUCGAGGAGUUCCUGCAGAUUUUCGGCGAGAAAGUGCGUCUUAAAGGCUUCGAUAAAUACAAAGGGGGUUUGGAUACGGUUCACGAUUUAACAGGAUUAUAUUCGGUUUACACGAACUGGAGGAACAUUGAAAUUAUGUUCCAUGUCAGCACCUUGUUGCCGUACGAGAAGCACGACCCUCAAAAGCUGCAAAGGAAGAGGCACAUAGGCAACGACAUCGUGUGUGUGGUGUUUUUGGAAGCCGAUAAUACGGCCUUCUCGCCCGCUUGUAUCAAAAGUCACUUCCUCCACACCUUCAUCUUAGUGCGAACUUCUCCUAGAAUUAAGAGGAAACCCACUCGAUAUGAAGUGUCAGUUGUUACAAGAGAUGAAGUGGGUGCCUACAAGCCUUAUCUAUGGGAGCAAAGUGUUUUCGACAAGGGACCGAUGUUCAGGGAGUGGCUGCUUACGAAAAUCGUCAACGGCGAAAGGGCUAGCUACUCCGCUCCCAAGUUCGCCAGGAUGCAGGAAAGAACGAGGUCUCAAAUGCUCGAGGACAUCGUCGCCAACCUACAGAACCACGCAGAGACUGGACAAAUUCCCAAGCCUUAUAGAAGAGGUUCUUGGCGGCCUAUUGGCCAUAUGAGACCCUCUUCACCUUUAUUAGAUAGUGUCCGUGAUCAAUUCGAAGAUUAUGAUCAGAUAGCGAAAGACUUCACCAGGAUGUUCCUGAACACCGAUGCCAACACCUUGGCAAACGCGCAACUGUUCGACGUGGUGUUCCUCGUCGGGCAGUCAAAGCAGAAGGCCAAAUUAGUGGGUGUUCGAGCAAUUUUGGGAGUACGUAGUAGAGUCUUCCAAGAAAUGCUGUACGGCAUCCAAACAGGUUUCGGUUCGCCUCAAGUGCCCGUGGCUGAACUAUUAGCGAGGCCAGUUCCCACUUUAUUGAGUCCGCAACAAAGUAGACCGAAAAGUAGCAACUUUUUACAAGUGCCAGAUAUAGAAUCGCCUCGGCCAAAAAGCGUCCCCAGUUCACCUAUGGUCAAAAGAGCGUUCUCUAGGUUAGGUACAAUAACGGCCGGCUGGGGCAGGUCCAUCAGGAAACACAACGCCCAGCAGCUCUCCGCGGAGGACAAGAAGAAGUGGGCCAGCAGCCAGGACUGCUCAAAUAAAGAAGGGAAGGACAAAGAGGGCAAGGAUAAACCCACAGCUGCCCAGUUGCCGGUUCCAAGGCUAAGCGUGUGUGCUGAUGCUCAAAAAGUUGACAGAGCCAAAUUGGCGCAGACUGAAUUUUCUAUUAUAGAAUUCGAUCCAGACACUUUCCGAAUAUUGUUAGAUUAUCUACACACCGGAUCUUGUCCCCUCACUUGUUCAACCAUUCCAGGACUUAUUUGCGCAGCUGAACACUACGACCUUCCAGAACUCCUUCAAGCCUGCUUCCACCACGCCAAACAGUUUCUCAGAAUCGAAGUCGUGUGUUGCAUGUUAUGCUCAUUAGAAAAUUACUACUGGAGGUAUACUUCCGCAUCUGAGUUAGUCAACAUGAUUUUAGCCUUUGUGGAAACCCGCGCUUACGCUCUUUUUACCACUCCAGAAUUCCUCACCCUGAGUGAAUCCAUGGUGCAAAUGAUAAUGUGCAGGAAUCUAGAAGUUCCAGAAGUUAGGAAAUUUGAAGCGAUGUUGGCCUGGGCGAGGCACAAAAUUCGUACUAAAACUUCCAGCAAAUUGGAUGCCAAGUUAGAAUUUAAGUGCAUUAUGGAACGAUUGGCUAGAGAUUUGAAGCUGUAUAGAAUAUCGCCCCAAGAACUUAUUAAGGUCGUUUUGCCGUCGAAGGCAAUAAAGAACGAGCGUAUUCUGGAGACGUUGAUGUUCCAGGCGAAUUCUGGUAUGUAUCGGAUACAGGACUCGUACAUUAAAGAGUGUACCCAAAGACUGCAAAAACAAGACUCCAGAUUUUCGGAAUGGGAGUCGUUCGAUUACAGCACAUAAAAGACUUUUUGUGACGAAUCCCUUUAGAUUAGAAGACAAUCAUGAGCAAUUUAUGCAUCCAACAUUCGCGGCAUCUGUGAAGGAUAUACUGAUAUUAUAUAACAAUAAGAUAUAUUACGCCAACUGGGAACAAGUGAUUCAUGUUUUAUAUGAUGUUUAAGUCGGUGUGAUUGCAAGACAAUCUAUUAUGAAUUAAGUGUUUGCCUUGCGUGUACGAUUUUUUAUUCUCACAAGCAUCAGUCUUCGGUCAAUGUUUACUGUUGUUUUCGUGGAACCUCUUACACAGCUUUACCAGUUAAGUCAAGUUCUACUUGGUUGGAGCUAUAUUUAGUAAAACGUGUUGAAUAGAUAUGGUUUAUGUAAACGAUGUUACUGGAGAUUCAUAUUGGACAAAUCUGUGGACGCUUUGUGCAACAACCAAUAUAUUUUGGGAAUUUUCCUUAUUUGAUAUGAAUGUCCGGACGAUAUACACCUCUGACGACUAUAUGAUUUUCAACUGUUAUCUGUAUUUAUAGGAAUCGUGUAUACUUAUCUGAACAGCAUAUAUUUAUUUCGUACCUGUGUUGUGAAUACUCGGCAGGUUACGUGGACCCUGUCUGUAUAGAGACUUGUUGCUGUUUGUAUUCGUGUUCGAUGUUUCAUAUUUGAAAAGACACAAACCACGUGUUUGUAAGACUAAAUAUAUUUUAAUUACUCUUAGAUAGCAAAAACAAAUGUUGACAUAUUUUGAUACUAAAUAACUAAAGAUGAAAAAAAAACAUAAAUGUUUCUUUGCGCAAAUCUGUUCAAAAUUUUAUUUGACAAAUAACUAAUAAGUGUCUUAUUACGAAAUAGUAAAAAGCAAAUGAAAAUACUAUAUUUAACAUCGUUGUAAAAUGUUGUCUGUUUUAACAAAUCUUCAUUUUACUUUGUACUGAUUGUUACGUCUCUUUAAUACGUUUAUGUGAAACCACGACUUCUCCCACCGCAGCUUCCAAAAAGAUCUUUCUUUGCCAACUACCAGAAAUUCUAUAUUUCUUGUACGGUUUUCUCGAGAAGUCGUGUUUCCUGGUUAUGUACUUUGAUUAUUAAAUUUAUUUAAAUUUAAACGAAGAAAUUAUAUGUUCACACUUAUUCUGUUUGCUUGUACUUGUGUUAAAAACCAAAGAAAUGUAAUAAAAAAAUGAUCUAAAUAGAAACACCAAUAUUUGUGAACGAUAACUUUGUUGUAAGAUUGUUGCUUUAUCAAUGUACAAGUAAAUGGAAUAUUUCAUAUAUAUUCUAAGAUAUUGUAAAUCUUAUUUUCUCAAAUAAAUUUUUUUGA